UUCAGGGGUGGAGAAGGAAACAGAAAAAGAAAAAAAACAAAAAAAAAAACACGCUAGUUCACAUGCAGCUCAUCAGACCUAACGACACACACUGUUACAAGAAGGUUAGUUUAAAGUAGCAGGAUUUGAGCUGGCAGUCCUGUCUUUUAUUCCUCUCUUAAACAGGAAAAGUCAAUUCCUAACGUGCUCACCGUCUAAGGAAGCAUUUCCUGUGCAAGAGGAGUCGACAACUUGUUGCAAGGCGAUUCAGAGAGGUCAGUCGGAGCGAACGCGCUGAUGGCGUACAAGUCAAACAACUAACAGGUCGGACAACCUCGAAGCCUUUCGGCUGAAAGCAAAUAACAGAGGUGGAGUGAGUGUGAUAAAGCACUACGUCGGUCUCUCGAGUCCAUUUUCUCUUCGUCAUAACCAACGGCGAGGCUAAAGCUUAAAACAAAGGACAGGCUGUCCCCUUCAAUCUUUCUCCUGGACAUUUUCUCACAUGCUCCUGAGGCCCGACUCGAUGAGAAUGGCAUCUAAUACGACUGGCUCCAUAACGCCGGCUCUCAAAAAUGAGGGUGCGAGCCCAGUUACCGAGGGAGCCGCUGAUGAAAACGGCAGCUACUUCAACGUGAUCAUUGGUGCCGUCAUCGCUGCGGUAGUCCUGGUCUUCAUCUGUCUGCUCUUGGUGCUCUUUCGCUACAUGUACAGACACAAGGGCACCUACCACACUAACGAGGCCAAGGGAAGCGAAUUCGCCGAGACGGCAGACGCGGCACUGCAGGGAGAUCCGGCACUUCAAGACACCGUGGACGAAAGCAAGAAAGAGUAUUUCAUAUGAGCCUUAUAUAGACCGAAUCCGGAAAGCCAUGCCUUAAAAACUUGGUCAACGAGCAAAUCGAUCUGAUCUCAGCUGAUCACAGGGUUGAGUUCACCUCCCCAAAGCAUAUACAGUCAUUAUAUUAUAUUCAUUAUAAUGGAACAUACAAAAACUUUGAGAAGACUUUGGGUAAAUAUUUUGCCUAGCAUCUCCCAAUGAUGUUAAGCAUUAAGCAUGUGCAGAUCUGAUGGCUGACGAAUUGUGACACAAAAUCAAGGUAAAUGAAGGUAAAAGCUGGAAUAUGAAAAAAUAGCCAAAGAGAAAAAAAUACCAGCAACUGACUAUAACACUGUGGACAAAGUGUGUGAUAUUGUUUGAAUGCAAAUGAGAUUUAAUCAUUUAAUGUGUUUCUUCUUAUUGCUUGACAAUCAGUGUUUAAAAUGGUGUUCAUUAAUUAAUCAGCCAUACAUUGAUUGUAUAUAGUAUUUCUUUGUUUUGUAUUUUUAUGUAUAUCACCAGGCCGAAUUUUUAAAUGAUUAAAGUGACUCUGAGGUUAAACCUCACAAAGGCAUCUUUUAAUUUUAAAAUAUAUUCUCCGCACAUUUCA